AUGCUUGGAACAAGAGGAAGAGCGAGCAGCAAGAGGCAACGAGUCUGCUGUUUCAAGAGCAUGGGAGUGUUUGAUGCUCUGGCCGAUGAUCUGGUGCUCGACAUACUGUCUCGCCUCGACCCAGCAGCUAUAAUCCUUAAAGCCGGGCGCGUCUGCAAGCGAUGGCAUCGCCUUGCACACUCGCAGGAGCUUGUGGCUCGCAAAACUGCCAAAGAUCCAGAUCCAGAGCCAGAGCCAUGGGUUGUGCUACAAGUUGGCCAGCGCUUGCUCUGGUAUACUUCACUGGACGCUAUCCUCAAAGACCAUGGCAGGGAGCUUGAUCAUGGCUCCUUCUCCGUCGGUCCAGCGGGACACAGCUGUUGGAAAUCCACUCACGAAUGCGUGGAGAGUUCUUCCCCGGAUCGAUGUCAAGGAGGAGCCGUGCAGAUACCUGAUGAUAGUCAAGAGGUCUAUCUCCGGCUCAAGGCCUUGGAGGACGAAAUCAGGUACCACGACAUCCGAUUAGAGUGCACCGAGACGGAGAUGAGAUUCACGCGCCGCCAGAUCCUUUUCGCGAUGGAAGAGGCAGCGAGGCUUCGAUCCAUGCCGCUAUGCAUAGGCCACUUGGUGGAGGUGAUCGACGGGGACCACGCGAUUGUCUUGUGGGAGCAUACGCCGCGGUAUGUUAGGAUCCAGAGCACUGUGAACAGAGAGCUUCUCAAGCCGGGGAGCUCGGUUGGUCUAAACAGGCACUCGUUGGCUCUCGUGGAUGUUCUUCCAUUGGAGGUGGACUCUUCGGUGUCGAUUCUCACGGAUUCUCUCAGACCUGAGGUCACGUAUGCGGAAAUUGGGGGCUUAGAGUUACAGAAGCAAGAGAUUCGAGAAGCUGUGGAGCUUCCGCUGACGCACCCCGAGCUCUACAGGCAGCUCGGAGUUGAUCCACCCAAAGGAGUUUUGUUGUAUGGUGCUCCGGGAACUGGAAAAACCAUGCUCGUCAAGGCUGUGGCACAUCACACCUCCGCUGCUUUCAUCCGGGUUGUGGCAUCAGAGUUCGUGCAAAAGUACCUUGGAGAGGGUCCACGGAUGAUGCGCGAUGUUUUCAAGCUUGCCAAAGAAAAUGCGCCAGCGAUCAUCUUUAUAGAUGAAGUAGAUGCCAUCGCCACUGCUCGCUUUGAUUCUCAAACUGGCGCAGACAGGGAAGUGCAGAGAAUUUUAAUGGAGCUUCUUACCCAGUUGGAUGGAUUCGAUCAAUGUCUCAACGUGAAGGUUAUCAUGGCUACAAACCGUGCUGAUACUUUGGACCCCGCUCUACUGAGGCCUGGAAGACUCGACAGGAAGAUCGAGUUCCCCUAUCCAGAUCGGCGAGAGAAGCGACUCAUUUUCCAGGUUUGCACGUCCAAGAUGAACCUCAGCGAUGAAGUUGAUUUCGAGGACUUCAUUUCGAGGCCAGACAAGAUCACGGCUGCCGAAAUAUCAGCAGUUUGUCAGGAAGCUGGGAUGCAAGUAGUGCGUAGGAACCGAUACAUAGUUCUUGCCAAGGACUUCGAGAAAGGGUAUAAAGCCAACGUGAAGAAAUCCAGCAAGGAGAUGACCUUUUACCAGUAA